GUAAUGAUAAUUUUGGGUUGCGGCUAGUGCGGGUUGGUCGGUAAAAUGGCCUAGCAAAACCACCGCGUCCUUGCCUUUUCUUGCUGCUGCUCUGUUUGUGCUGCGGAAUGGCACAAGAAGUCGCAACUUUUAAUUUGGCUACUCGAAGCUUGCUUCGAUUCGAAGAAAGAAACUGUGUUAUGUGGUUGACGAUGGAUGUUGAAAAUGAAAAGAUUCGAUUUGUGCCUAAUGUUAGGUGGUAAAAGUAAAUUAUGUUUAAAAUGGUGGUCCAAUGGGGAACAGUCUGGAAAUGGCAGUAUUAAAACUCGUAAAACAAAUUGUCUAGUGAAAAGUGCAUCCUUUUUGUCGAAGAACUGGAUUUCUUCUCAACCGGUGGUCUUCCUAUCAUCGAGAAGAGCGGAUACGUAAUUUGUUAGGUGUGCCCUUCCCUCGCUUUGCCAGCUCAACGUCGACCGGCCCAGCAAGAUGGACGAUGACGGGAGCGAGUACAGUGAUGGGGAAAUAGUUUGGGUUAAGCUCAGCUACUGUUGGUGGCCCGGUGAAGUGUUUGGUGGCGAAAGGUUGACGGAAGAGUUCACGUCCACACUGAAGCGGCAACCUCUAGCGGUCGUAAAAUUCUUCGACGAAGAUUCAUAUGAAUACGUUAAGAAUACCAAUUUUAUUUAUAAGUACAACUGCAGCAGAAAGCAUGAGUUCCUCAGGAAAGGAUUAGAGCAAUACCGUGCUAAAAACAGGCAUAUGGAAAAAUUCCCGUCGGACGUAAUGCAUGCCGAGCGUGCGACCGGGGGCGAUCCAGAUAUUGUCAACUCAACAACACUUCUUCAGCCGCAGAAACGAGAAAGUUACGCGCAUAUUUUUCAACCAACUAGCAGUGGAAAAGGUGGUAAAGGUAAAAUUACUUCACCCAGUAAAAUUGUCCCGGCAAUCCCUACUAAAAAACACGAGGUUCGAAUUCUGGCACAGGCCUCAUCCUUGACCGGAAUACCAGCCCACGGUGGUGGCUCUGUUGCCGAUAACAGUUCGACGUCAUCUGCGCAAAUUUACCACUGCUACAAAUGUGGCUUCGAAAGCCGUCGUCAAAAUGUCAUUGUCGUACAUACUAAGUACUGCCGAGCAGUACCAUCAGUUACACUAACUGUUCCGAAAUCUAAGGAAACCAAAACCAGCGAUUUAUCACCAGCUAAACUUAAUUCCGAUAUCCAAAAACCACAGGAACUUCCGAAGCCAAUUGAAGUUGUUAAAGAAUCUGUAGACGAAUCAAUUGAAGAGCUUCAAGUUAAAGAAUCGAAACCUUCUCGUGGCAAAACAGCAAGCCGUACUCCCAGAACUGCAGCUAUAGCGAAGUCUCUCGUGGAAACGCCAACUUCUACAAUCAAAUCAAAUGAUAGAAGACGGAACCGUGGUCGAGGAAAGGCUUCUUUGGCUGCCGAUGAAAUAACAGAAUCACUUGAAAAUCAGCAAGAAGUCAAAGAGGUGUCCGUUAAGGAAUCAGAAAAACCAGAACAGCCUCUCACGGAGGAUUCCCCCGGCAAAACGUCAACCAAGGCGGAUGUCGAGUUGAAGAACGAACUUUUGGCUGACUGGAGCGAAGAUGAACAAGACGAACCGGAAAGCAGUACAGUUCCCGAAACGACCAAACAAACCAAUUCCACAAAAAAGUCCAUCGAAGAAAACAACACAUCCACGCUCGUCGAAACGGCCACGUCCGAUGAUGCUGGCAAAUUGGAAAAAGAUGUCGAAAAGGUCUCUGAAUCAUCCCCCCAGAUAUCUUCUCCUGUUUCUUCCGGGACAAUUAUCAAGUAUCGCAACAUACCGAAGAAACAAAAAAGAGAAUUCAUAGAGGUGACCAACGAUCAACCAUCAACCGCAUCAGUUAUUCCUGUUGCUAAUGUUGAAAAGUCCUCAAGUGAAGGAAGUAUCAGCACAGGCGCAACAUGCGGCGAAUCGCUCAGCGUGGCAACCCUGGAUAAAACUCCAACUUCGAACGAUAGCCUCUCGGAACGACCGCUAAGUGCCAAGCAACGUAUCCUGGAUAGGGCAACUCGUGGAUCCAGUAGUAAGUCCGUUAGCAGCGAUGAACUCAAACCGGAAUCGCCUACAAAACUGCCAAAGCAGGAAUCUCCAUCCUCGACUAACGAAUCAAGGAAAGAAGUUUCUUGUUUCGAUUUUAAGGACGACGAAGAUGACGAAGUGGUUCUGAAUAAAUCUCCACGGAGAUCACUUUCUAAUAAACGGGACACGUCGGCUGACGUUUCGAAGGACGAAGAAGACUUAACAAGAGCUAAACAAGACGCAGACCUCAAGAACGAAAUUGAUUCUUUGCUAAACGAAGUUAGCAUUCCCAAGAUUCCGGAUCUACCGAAACGCGGUAAUGUCAAGUCGCCUGUACCUACGACAAGCUCAUCGACUGAGACAACACCACAGCAACUAUCGAAUGAAGAAAUUGAUGAUAAUCGUACACUACCACCGAAGGAACGUGGUAAGAGAAUUUUCAAAACUCGCAACAAAAUUAUCGAAAAUGAAGCGAUAGCUUUGGAACAAUCUAAAGCCAUCGUAAUGGAUUUCGUAUUAAAAUCUCACGAAGAAGAGAUUGCAGAACUUCGAGCAGCAGAGGAAGCCAAACAAAUGUCUGAGUCCCCGACGACAACCAAUGAUGACUCCCAAGAAUCAGUGGCAUCUGCCGGGCGUUUCGAAAAAUCUGAGUUUGCUGCCAUUAAAUCCAAGCGUUCAAAGUAUCCACAGCAGAAAAAAUCUGAUGAUACCGUUGAGCCAGAAGAGCCAGCCGUUAGUUCUUCUGUCAAAUCUAAUACCACCGAAAUAUCUUGUCCGGUAUCGAUUGACAAAGAAGAAAUUGAAUCAGAAGCAUUGUCAACGCCGGUGGUUUCCGGUACCAAGGGUCGUCGAGGUAAGCAACGAAAAUCAGGCACACCCGUGGUAGAAAAGGUGAUUCCACAAGAAGUUGUUGAACCGGUGAUUGUUCAACAAGUUGAGGAAUCGACCCCUCGUGCGAGGAAGAAGAGAUCAAGCGAAUUUGGAAAUUUGGACUUGAGUUUGUUGGUUGAUACACCGCGGUCCCGUAGAGGUCGCAAACCAGAUGACAGCAUUCCUGAACCAGAAUUGAAUCAAAAAGUUGGACAGGAAGAACAACAAGAUAAAUUAUUGAAAGUUAUUGAAAGUAAGAACAAACGGCAAGAUAAAUCGAUUAAACAGAAAGCGUCUAGAACUGUAGAAAUAAAUGAAUCGUCAGAAAAGAAUGAGGAAUUGCCCAGCAGCGAAGAGGUUAAACAUGCAACUUUAGAACCAAAAGCGCCGGUAAUGAUUGAUGUUCAUAGGAAAUCAAAACGCUCAAAAAAAGAUGAUUCCAUUAAUCAAGAACAAGAAAAAAGUGAAUCACUAACUGAGCAAUGCUUGGUAGUAAAAUUGGAAGACAUAAAUGUACUUGCUGAUGCUGAUCGAGAUUCCAAAUCCAUCGUUCAAGAGGAUCAUAUUUUGAAGGUGGGAGAAACAGACAAAGAUACAACACAAUUUGCGGAACAUCCGGCCGAAGAAGAGCCAAUUUCUUCAGAGGCCGUUGAGACACCUCAUCGCAAGUCAAAACGUUCGAAGAAAGAUGAUUUGAUUGCUGAUAAGAGUAUUGAAAAAGUACCAGAAAAACCUGAACCAUUGAAGAAAGGCGAAUCUGUCGCCGCCAAUGUAGAAAAUCCGCCAGAAACAAUUGAUAACUCGGAGGUGUUGGAAGUUUUAGACAGUGAAACUCAUCGCAAAUCAAAACGAACAAGAAAGGAUGAACCUGUUGCGAUUAUUGAACACAAAGUUGAGGUUCUCCCCAGUCCAGAAGAAAAUGUUUCACAUGAAACAAAAUCUCCAAAAACUAAACGUGGUAAACAUGUAUUGAAACAAAUUACAGAUUCCCCACGCAACGAAAAACCUGACACAAAACCAGAACCGAUUGCAGAUGAAGCAAGCCCAAUCAAUGAGAAGUCCCCAAAAGGAAAACCUAUUGUUGCAAUUCCCGAUGACGAAUCUUCUGCUUCCAAACAGCAACCGAUUAAAAUGAUCAUUAAAUCUCGUGGAAACAAGUCAAACUCGGAGCUUAUUUUUGAUCCAGUGAUAGUUUCGCCGGAGCGUAAGGAAGAAAUUUCUGUCAAAGAAAGUCUACCGAAGUCACCCAAGAGCACUAAAAGGAAAAAACCAUCUUUCGAAGAGAUGUUAACGCAACCUGACGAACUUUCUCUAGCUGUAAUGUCGGCAAGAAUUGAUAAAAGCAGUAAAGCUUCGAAGUUGAAGCGGACAAAACUCGACAAACAAACAGAACAACACAGUUCCACAGAAGUCGGUGAGAAAAACAGUAUUUCAGCGACCAAGCCUAGUGUUACAGAUUUACAAAUUGCAGAGGCACUAAUAAAGCUUCCAGAAGUGGUUCCUUCAAAAACAAAGGCCAUAAAAGCAAACCAAGAAGAAGCUGUGAGCCUUACUGCGUCAGUUACUAGUUCUGUUGCUAACAGUGCCAGCUCUAGCAGCGGUAAAACUAUAAACCCUCGGAAACGCCAUUUACAAACACUAGUGAGCGCGGAAACCACUGAAGGUCUUAUUGAACGUAACAAAUGCAAUGAAAUCAUUCCAGAGAAGAAAAAACGCGAUGUUUGCAAAGCAGAUGAUAAAAAAACUACAUCCUUGCCUGAAGUAGCACCUGCGAAGAUAUCGGAACCAACGAAAAUAUCGAACGAUGAAGACAAAUUUGAUAUCGACAAUAUUCCUAUCGUCUUGGAUGAUAGCGGAGAUCUGCUCGAUGACUCCCGAAUUUCAACAACCACAAGUUCUGUUACCCUUCAGAACCCAGUCAAAAUGGAUGAAGAUGUUCAACUGAUUUCAACGACUCGGCCCAUGGCCAAAAAGCUUGUUAUCGUGAAGAAUAGCAACGGUUCGGCUAAAAUAAUAGGUACGAAGGAAAGUUUUUCGCAAUCGAAUACAUCGAAGAAAAGCUUGGGUAUAAAAUCCAGUACCAUAAUUAUUAAACCUCCGAAUGACGAGCCAAAAAAACGUGAAACAGUACGAUCGCCUGUUCAUUCACCCCAAUUGGUACAAGCAAGCAGUGGUGGUCAGAUUGUAAUAACUAGCAAAGGUACCGUACUCACAACUCAAUCACCUUCUACAUCUACGGCCAAAAUGACGCCGAAAACUCAAAUGACGCAAAACAGUUCCGUGAUUUCUUCAGUCAGCAGCGUUGGAACCAUUAGCAGUUCAACAACGGCAAAGAAAUUAACAACUCACGGUGUUGUGCAACGGUCAUCUUCACCGGCCAAGUCUCCUGCUAAAAUUUGUGUGCAAUCCCAGCAAAUAAUCCACCCGCCCAUAAAAUCUAAAAUGGCCGUUUCAAAACCAUCUGACCCAACUGCACCCGUCGUUGUACACAAGAUGGAGCUCACACCGAAAAAAUCUCAAUUGGCAACACCACCACCAAAGAAAGCACUAGCCAAGAAGAUGACCGAAUUAUCCCAGGGUACAAGUAGCAGCAAUAAACCCUUGUUCACAACAUCUAAGGGUGAGCCCACCACUUUGUCACCCAAAUCCGGUAAGAAGGGCCACAAAGUCAUUAAGAUUUCUCCUCAGAAAUUAAAAGAAUUUACCAGGCUAGGAAUGGUAGAGGAUAAAGGUCAAGGUAAAGUACUAACAGCUAGUGGAAUGAAGAAAUUUCGACAAGAACAACAACUGUUACAACAGCAGCAUAAUCUGAAGGUUAAAUCUGAACAAACGAAAACAAGUUCGCGAUCCUACGAAGAACCAGACGAAGAACCAUCAACUUCUACACCGACACCGCCACCACCUGCUGGCCCUUCAACCGAAGUCGUAAUUGCGGCUGCUGCCGAUUCGUCUGUCAAAGAGGUACCGGGUAUUUAUUCCGAGACUGAAGAAGUGCCAGAGACGACUCUUGCAUCUUCCACGCAGUUACCUUCAAAACCUUCUACAGUAACACCCACUUCAUCAUCCGGUGAUUUAUUAUCCACCGAAGGGAAUGAAGCCGAUGCAGCGAUCCAAGAGAUAGAACCGGAAACAUCUACAUCGCAAUCACCAACGAUAGAGCUUGCUGAUCCCAUUAUCGCAGAGCCAUCCGAUGAAUCUGAACUUCACCAACCAACAUUAUCGACAGAACCAGCAGAAUCGGCCGAAAGUAGUUCUAACGUGCAAGAAUCUUCCCAAUUAAUAGCUGUUCCCGCUGAAAACUUUGGCGGACCGGCAAAUCUGUUUUAUCUGUGCUCGGUUCGCGAUGAAGGUUUUGUCCCAGUAAACAAUGAACUGCUAUAUCUGGAUGCAUCUAAUCAGCUUGUCGCACUUCCGGAGAAUGCCUCUCUCGAGGAGAUUGCCAGUCAACAAGCGGCUGCCGCAGGAGUACUCGAAAUUCCGGUCGAUGCUACCGGUAACGCCAGUGAGCAUCACGUCGCAGAAAUUGAUGGUUCGCUGGACGCUGGCCAGCAAAACAUAAUACUCAAUACCCAGGAUGGACAGCAAAUCAUAUUGGAUCAACAAAGUUUAAUGGCGCUGGCCGCCGGUGGCGAUACGUCUCAGCUUUUAACACCUGAUGGACAACAGAUUCUACUGCAAGGUUCGGCACAGGAGUUGUUGGCAGCACUCGCCGUAAGUCAACCAGGAUUGGGAAUCGUAGCUGAUGGUGCCCAAAUCAUUGUUGCCCCAGAAUCGUUGAUCGAUUUACAAGAUACUCCGCUGCCAGGAGAGAUUAUCCAGGUCAAUCCAAACACAACGGUCGAGACCAAUGCAGUGUUGACCAAACCUCCGAUCAUGUCAACGGUAGAGGUGCCUACAAAAAAUGGCAACGGAACAGAGUCUUCUUCCCAUCCACCGGAGCAAAAUCUUCUGGAAGGGGGAAGCGCUACGAAUCUCGAUGAGAGUUUGGCGGCCGUCAUCGGAGUUCCCACAGGCAAUCCAAAUGUUCCCACCUCGCUGGAGUUGCCAAUCACCGUUACAAACCCGGUGAUUGCCAAAACCACGACCAGCAAAAUCAAUCCCAUUUAUCCAUCGACUACUGCCAUUUCUGCCAUCGGUGGGAUCGAUCCAGCUUUAGCGGCUGCUGCAGUAAUCGAACUGCCCACGGUAGCACAAACAGGUACAGAAUGCUCUCAUCACGUUGAUAAACACGAGACUACUAGUCCUAGCCCCGUUAGACCCACGUUGUUACACAAAGACCAGAAAGAGGUAUCAGAACAAAGUUUAGUCACUAAAACGAAUGGCAAAGUUUGCGAAGAGAAUGAUGAAAACCGCGAGAUCGUUCCAAUGGACGAUCUGGACGAGAUUAUACCGAACACGCCGGAAUCGCAGAUGAACAGUCACGUCGAUAUCUCAUCGCAGUUCAGUGACGACGAAUCAGAACCACCUGUGCCGAUUCCAACGGUAGAAGAUGACGAUGAUGACGAAGACGGGAAUGGCUCAGAUUGUAGUGAAAUCAUUCCAAUACAACCGAAUGUCGUAAUUCUGAGGAACAUUAAUAAUGAACUUUUGAUCAACAAUGAUAACGAUAAUAGUAGCGACAGUUUGGAAUUCGAUAAUCCAAAUCUAAUCCGUCCUCGGAAUGACGGGGGCAGUGCUCACCAGGCGUCAAACGCAUCCGUUGCCGUUUUCGAUGACGGCGGCAGCAAUGCUGUGGUAGAGAGAUAAUAUUUGGCACCAAGUGGUAGUGGAAUGUUUGUAGAUUACGGUUCGAUGUUAGGCAGACAGACAUCGGUGCAUGUUCAACCGAGUUCGGUCACCAGAAAUGAUGACAUCGGCGUUGGCAAUACAACACUAUACGUCACCCGACAACCGCCACCAUUUCCAUCGUCAUCUUCAUACGGGACGAAUCGAGACCACUGUAAAGUCAAGAAAGCUAACAAAUCUAAAUCACAGCCGCUAUAACAAAUUUGCGAACAACGAUACGACUGCGACAGUUCCACUCUUACUACACAUUUCUCAUCGUCAUCACAUCUAUUUGUCUGUAUAGGGAACGCCACCAACUUAGUUCCAGACAAACUCUCAGCUAUCAAGUCCGUUUGGGAUUGAUUGAUCGAGGCGCACCCUAACCAGCGUGGACGUGGCGGACGGGCAUUGUUUUCCCGUUGUCAAACCCCACUUGAGCCCACAGUCAUGCGGCGCGGCCCACUUUUGUACAUAUUCAAGGUAUCAAUUAUCAACAUUGAUAUACAUAGUAGUAACGCUUAGAGAUCAGAGAUCAACGUUCGGUUUUUUUCGUGUUUUGAAACGAUCGUUCCCUACACCCCCAGUUUAUAAGAUAAUGGAAUUAUUGUUUUUUUUUUUCACAUUUCAUCGUUUGUUUUAGCCUAUUUUAGACUUCAUUGAAUACGCUUCUUUUUUUACUGAACAAUUUUUUCGCAUCUUUGAAAAAUCGAUUCAUUGUAUAGGAAUAGAACUUGCAAAUCCCCCAAGAAAGUGCAACUUAUUUGAUUCUAAAACUCUGCUAGCUUACCAGUUUCGUUUUAACGGAACAAAAUUUUGACCUUUUAAGUCAUGAAUAUAAAAUAAAAAAGAAAAUUUUCUUAGAGUAGUAACAGUUCAGGUUCAAAUGAUAAAUGAUCCUAUACCUAAUUACAGCUUGAACUAUCUACUGCUCUUAUCACCAAGAUGUUUUGGAGACCCAAUGCUUGAUUACUGUGAGCCUUCGAUAUUCCACUGCUUAAAGUGCUGUGGUUGCGUGUUUACGGCAAGCAUUCUAAGGUUUGCAAAAUUGUAGUGCAAUUUUCAAAAAUAAAUACGGAACUACCUAUCAGUUAAAUUUUAGCUGCAACAUUUGAACAUCUUUUUUGUACAUGGUAAGCCCACUAAUUUAAAAAAAUUAAAAUAUGGGAUUAUAAAUCUCCAGUAGAUUGUAUUGUGAGUGUAUUUUAUUGCUUGCCCCUCUCAACCUUUAAUGAUGUAGGUGAAUUUGAAAACAUAACAGUCAAUGUUGGAUGAAAGAGAACGCUUCGCUAGAAAACAAUACGCGUUUGGUCAGGACAGAAUACGGUUAAUGUAUAAAACGGAAAGAAGAAAUUUUCAGCUGAACGGUAAUGGUUUGACAAUUGAGUAGGUGUCUUGGCAGGAAUGGAUCAGUCUCGUACCGGUUGCUAGUAAGAAUGUUCGUGUUUAAAAAUUCUUGUCCCGUGUUACUAUAACGGUGUAGUUUUAAACGACUGGCCAAAAUAAAGCUAUGGUACAGAAUGAAGAAAAAAAAACACGAUACACAUAUAUUACGCUACUAUCUAUAAAAUAUAAUAUUUCAGUAAGGCAUUCUCUAUAUUAUAAAAAAAAACAGUCUCCAUCGUGUAAGUAAUAAAUGUUUAGCAAAAUGA